AUGUAUAAAUCACAACAGAAAAGGCAUCUGUAGGAGUCAAUUAAUAAAGUUAAUAAAGAAUCUGAAGCAGAAAUUUAAGUUGAUUAUGAUGAAUUCUUAGAAGUUACUCAUAAAGAUUUGCAGAACUUGGAAAUUAUUGAUUAUUAUUAAAUUGCUUUUGAAGUUUGGAAUAUUUUGGAAGAAAAUUUGAUUCCUUAAUAAUCGUAAAUCUCUUAAGAAUCUGUAGGAGUGCAUAAAUAACUUGAAAAUAUAUUUGAAACUAAUCUUUAGCUACCAAAUAAGAUAUUUAAGAAAAUAACAAUCUAAUAGGAAGAAAUAAUCUUAUUUGCUAAUGAUGCAUUAAAAGAAUACGAUCUUACAAUUUAUGAAUUUUAUUGUGAGUUUAUCAAUUAUUACCAAAUGAAAUAAAUCGAAAAACAGAAAAAUUUUGGAAAAUCAAUAGAUACUGAUCUUUUUAUGCAUGAUCUAUUAGAAUACUCAAUUAGAUUUGCAAAAAUAAUGAGUAAGAAUUAAAUGACAUAAGUUUAAUAUAAGUAGCAAGGAUUUUUAUAUUAAAAUGAGAGAACAGAAGACCAAUCGCUAAGUGAAUUUUUUAAUUAUGAUGAUUAAAACGGAGCUUAUAAAAAAGUUAUUAGAAGUUGCUCGCUUGUCUAAUAAAAAGGUGCUAAUUUUAAUUUACGAAUAUUAUAAUAGAAAUGUUGGCAAAAGAAGAGAAUCAAAAUUAGGAUUGCUUAGAGUUUCUCAAAAUUCUCAAGCAAAACUAUGCCUAGAAUUAUAAUUAAAUUAGAAAUUCAUCUCUUUUGUAAAAAAAAAAUAAUUAGAUGCUUUUGA